AUGCGCGCGCACCUGCCCCUCGCCCUCGCCGUCCUCGCCGCCUCCGAGGCGGCUGCCGCGGAUUCGCUCUUUUCUCGGACGUCGAACGGCCUCGCACGCGCGCACCAUGCCGCGAUCCGCCGCUCCGCUGGCCUCGCCAGGGACCUCAGGACCGCCUUCCGAGGACUCCUCGUCGAACAGCACGGAAGCACGCAGGUCGAUCUCGUGUCGCACAGCGUCUACUGUGUCAGCGCGCCCAAGUCGACGAGUCCCGCUGGCAAUGGCUUGACCGGCGGAGGCAACGGCACCGCAUCCGCAGGCGGGUCCAGUAGCACUGCCAAAGCCACAAGCACGAAGAAGAGUGGGGCGUCCGCGACGUCGACCAAGUCCGGAGCGAGCGCGACCGCCACUUCGGAAUGGAAGGUGUUCCAGCAAUAUCAAGGCGACGACUUCUUCAACGGGUGGACCUUCUGGGAUACGGCCGAUCCUACCAAUGCACACGAACGCUCAGGCAUCGUCGACUUCCAGUCUCAAUCCGAUGCUGAGUCUGCCAACCUCACCUCCAUCAACUCCGCCGGCAAUGCUAUCAUGCGUGUCGACACCACGGCGGUCGUCACCGGGAACCGCAAGGCCAUCCGGAUUACCACCAACGCCGUCUACACCGGCGGCCUCGUCAUCCUUGACGCAGUCCAUAUGCCGACCGGAUGCGGGACGUGGCCGGCGUUCUGGAGUAACGGUCCGAACUGGCCCGCGGGAGGCGAGAUCGACAUCGUCGAAGGCGUGAACGACUACACGAACAACCAGGCGACGAUCCAUACCAAUCCUGGAUGUUCGUUAGCGACUGACUCGUCGAGCGCGCUGGGCAUCACUGGUACCAUCGUUGGUGGCACAGACUGCGCUGCCGCGGACUCUGGCAACCAAGGGUGCGGUGUCCGCUCGGCCGACACGAGCUCGUACGGCGCCGCCUUCAACAACAUCGGCGGCGGCGUCUACGCCAUGCUCUGGAACGACACCGGCAUCUCCGUCUACUUCUUCCGAAGGUCGAACAUCCCCUCCGACAUCACCUCCGGCGCGCCGAACCCGGCCGGGUGGGGCACGCCCAUGGCGAACUGGCCUUCGACGCAGUGCGACACGUCCAAGUUCUUCUCCCACCACUCGGUCAUCUUCGACACCACGCUCUGCGGCGACUGGGCAGGCGGCGUCUGGUCGUCCUCCGGCAUCCCAGGGCAGGAGCAGAGCUGCGCUCAGCGGACGGGCGUGUCGGACUGCGCGACGUUCGUGAGGAACAACGGGGCGUCGUUUGCGGAAGCAUAUUGGGAAGUCAAGAGUGUGACGAUCUAUCAGACAUCAUGA